GGUGAAUGGAUUCGUCUGCAAGGACCCCAAGGUUGUGAAAACCGACGACUUCUCUCUGUCUGGCCUCGACAUGCCCGGCGAUACAGGAAACAAGUUGGGGUUCAAUGUCACGCCAGCCAACGUUAACCAGAUUCCAGGACUGAAUACCCUCGGUAUCUCCAUGGUUCGCAUCGACUACGUCCCCAAAGGCCUCAACCCGCCCCACACUCACCCUCGUGCCACCGAGAUAUUCACCGUCAUAGAAGGACAGCUCUUCGUCGGCUUCGUCACCUCCAACGGUGAGGACGGCAACCGUCUCUUCACCAAGAUGCUGAAGAAGGGUGAUGUGUUUGUGCUCCCUCGAGGCCUCAUCCACUUCCAGUUCAACCCUGGGUACACCAACACCGUCGCCAUCGGUGCUCUCAGUAGCCAAAACCCUGGCACCAUCACCAUCGCCGACGCUGUGUUCGGGUCUAAGCCACCCAUCUCCGACGAUGUUCUCGCCAAGGCUUUCCAGGUGGACAAGAAGACCGUCGACUGGCUUCAAGCUCAGUUCUAAAUUGGGCACCAACAAUUGAAGAAGCAACAUCACUGCAGCUUCUUCAUAUCCAUGUUAACACUCCAAUAAGCAAACAAUUGCAGUCAGCUGUUUGCAUGUUGUUUUCCCUACAGUGAAACAAUAAUACUCUUUGAUCUUAUGCUACUAAAUGAAGUACGUCUGUCACUCACUG